AUGCGAGAUGGAGAUGAUCCCGCAGAGCCCGUAGAGCCCGCAGAGCCCAUUGAUGUGGACCAGGAGAUGCCGGACGUCCAGCCCUCCGCCCCGCCCCUUGCAGCGGCCGCUCCGGAGCCUGGACCGGCGACUGAGGACGCUGAGGAGCUGUCGAGCGAGGAGAAGAUCAACCUGAUCCUGGCGGCCUUUGACAAGAACGGAGAUGGACGCCUGAAUUUCGAAGAAACCAUUGAUCUGCUGAUGUGGGCAUAUGCGGAGUUGAUCCCCUUUGAAGUCUUCAAGAUGACUUGCGACGAACUGCGCGUGGAUCCGCAACAGGGCUUUGGAGCGGGCGAACUCACCAGGCUCUAUGAUUGUUUCGGCACUUUGGAGCGUGACUUCCAGGCCGCUCUGCACAAGUUGAGCCAUGAGCCGCCACCUGCGGCCGCGGCUGCGGCCGCUGCGCCACCUCCGACCUCGGAAGGCGUUUCCAGUCGCAUCUCUCCCUGGGUGGCGCUGCCGCUGCUGCCCAUCUGCCCCGUGGCCGCAGGCGCCGUCGCGCUGGCGGCUACGCUGCGGAACCGCGCGUGUCAAUGA